GAAAGAUGGAUCUCCUAUGACAUCCGAAGCUGGAGAAAUUAUGGAGAAACUAAAGGAGAAGAAGGCGGAAUAUGAAGCGAUUGCUUCGAGUGAUAGUUCUGUUAAUCUUGAGAACAUUGAUAACAGAAUUAUCACUGAAGUUUUGGGUCCUGAAAGGUACGGUCGGGUUCGAUUUCAAGGAUCUGGUGUUACCCCGACCCAAUAUUUUGGAUCCGGCUCCCAGCAAUACAUGCCUUCCGGAAGUCAAGCUCAAGCUGAAGUUCAGAGGUUAAGAGACCAGAUAGCUCAGAUGCAAGCGAACACGGUUGAGCAAAUUGCCGAGGUUCAACGAAAAUAUGAAGAACUCCAGCAACAACUUAGAGCGGAGGCGCAGAAGGGAGGCGGGCUGCAAUGA